AGGAGGGGGGGCGAACGGAAGCCGGGAAGGCGAUUCGUGGUUCGCGGGGUACGGGCGCGCGUGCGCAUUCCUCAGCCCGUUCAGGACCCCGGCGCCGCAGGGCGCCCACGAGCCAACGAACGGGUGGCGCCCUCUUUCCUUCUCUUCCCUUCCCCGGACCUGGAGUCGCGGUUACUUGGGCUGGCAGGCGAACCCUUGAGUGACGUGGCGUGGAGCGGGCCUGGUGCGCCUGGAGGGCCUUGUGGAGCGGAGAGUAGGGCUUACAGCAUGGCAGAAAACCGAGAGCUCCGCGGUACCGUGGAGGCUGAACUGGAUCCGGUGGAGUACACCCUUAGGAAGAGGCUUCCCAACCGCUUGCCCCGGCGGCCCAAUGACAUUUAUGUCAACAUGAAGACUGACUUUAAGGCGCAACUGGCCCGCUGCCAGAAGCUGCUGGACGGAGGGGCCCGGGGUCAGAAUGCGUGCUCUGAGAUCUACAUUCACGGCUUGGGCUUGGCCAUCAACCGAGCCAUCAACAUCGCGCUGCAGCUGCAGGCGGGCAGCUUUGGGUCCUUGCAGGUGGCUGCCAAUACCUCCACCGUGGAGCUUGCUGAUGAGCUGGAGCCGGAGACGGAUGCACGGGAGCCGCUGACUCGGAUCCGAAACAACUCAGCCAUCCACAUCCGAGUCUUCAGAGUCACACCCAAGUAAUUGAAACGGCACUCCCCCACUUAACACCUCCACGGUGUGGCUCUUCUCAUACUGGACCUUGAACCAGAGCCAUGGAAGAAAAGGCCUGUUCCCUUGAAACCCCAAGGACUCCGUAUUGAGGUUGGGGAUAAUUGUCCCAGUGGGCCCAGUUAGUGGGUCUUCCUGAGAGAGUGUGUGUCUGUGGUAACUAUUAUCAUGUAAAUAAAAAAUACUGUUGUACUAGUG